GGAAAUUUGUUUACAAGCGCGCAUCAGAAGAGUUCCUGACGCUUUAUUUGGCUAAAAACCGCAGAAAUAUCCUUGCAAAUCUGUGUAAUUAUAGUUGAAAGAGUUCUGUGGAAUCAGUUCCAACAUGAGCAAAAGGUCGCACUCGUCGCCGCUGAAGGAGAGCGAGAGGAGGAAGAUUCUGAAGGCGGAGGCGCUCGAAGUUCUGCCGGAAGACGAUUCCCUGAAGCUGCCCAAAGGCUAUGUCGACUCCGACGCGGAGAGCGAGGAGGACGAGACUCUGUACACGGGCAUGAAGGAUGGGAAGCUGCAGGUGCGAGGCAAGACGCUGGAGCAGCGCCUGGCGAAGCUCGUGAUCGAGGACAACUUGUCAGUGUCCAGCACCAGGAAGCUGCUGAAGAUCCUGCGCGAGUACGGCCACGAGGACUUGCCCACGAGCAAGACGACACUGGUGAAGGACAACAUCGACUUCUCGCAGGAGGUGAUGAAGGUGAUCAAGGGCAUCGAGAAGACACUGAAGGCCAAGCUGAACUUUGUCAUGGAUCAGGCGACGAAGCUGGAGAGCUGCCUGAUCCUGCCCGAUGACAUUGUCGACACGGCGUGCAAGUACAACAAGAUGACAAUGUCGACGCAGAGCGCGAAGGGCGAUCUGCACGCCUUCCCAGUCACGUCGACGAAGCGCUUCGAGAAGAUGGACGAGGAGUUUGAGAAUGAUCCGACGCUGGUGCGCCAAGUGAGGGACACAAUCAUGUCCUUCCCCACGGACUGGAUGCGACUGCUGAUCACGGAGGAUGUGCUGACGAAGUACGUUCUGUCCAGAUCCACUGAUCGUCGCAGCAUCUUCUCCUUCAAGAUCUUCCAGUACGCCCAGAAGCUCACCAACUAUCACGACGUCGUGCAUCAGUUCAAGAUCGCCAGAGACAGACACGCCAAGCGAGUGGCCAGGAAGAAGAAGUUGAUUGCGCGACAGGAAACCGAAGAAUCGUCGAGCACGAAACGCGAAGUUGACGAUGGAGAUGAAGACACUGAGUCCGCCUGAUCCUCCUAUUGCCUCAGAUCUCG